UUCUUAUCUGUCUCACACUUAGGAGUUAUCAGUAGGGUUACAAAAAACAGUAUCCAAAUGAUAAUUUCAGUUUAAUGACUAUACGGUUUAUUAUUGCAUAUUAGAAUGUAAAUUUAUUAGAUGCACAGAGUAAAAUACACAAGUUAAAUAAGUACUGUAUUGUUGUUGUAGGCCAUUUCGAACGAUGUAAGCAUGUCGACGGACGAGACGAGAUAUAUUUUUAAUUUGGGUGAGGAAUGCCGACAAUACGCCCUGGAAAACCUGAACGAAACCGAGGAACACAGGAAUGCGUGUUUGAAGGAGGUCAAACGAUGGUUGGAACAAGAGGUGCCCCAUAUAAAAGCAAGGAAGGAAGAUAGAUAUCUUCUACCUUUUCUACGCGGCUGCAAAUUUAAUCUAACAAAAACCAAAGUUAAAAUAGUUAACUAUUACACGAUGAGAAAAGAUUGUCCGCAAUGGUUCACCGAUCGCAAUCCCCUACUACCUCUACUCCAAGAACUAAUUAAAAUGGGAGUAUUUGUGCCACUUAGAAAGCCUCACAACAAUCAAAUGGUGGUAAUAAUCCGCACGGCGGCUCACGAUCCCAAGCAUUAUAAAUGGGAUGACUUGUUUAAAGCCGGAAAUAUGAUUUUGGAUGUUGCAAGCCAAGAGUAUGAAUAUAGUCAAGUUUAUGGUGUUACAGCGCUUUUUGAUAUGACAGGCAUGAGUUUCGGACAUUACAAAUCCAUGACACCGGCGCUGAUCAAGAAAAUUGUCUUUGCUUGGCAGAAUUACCAUGUGAGGCCUAAGCAGUUGGAGUUUAUUAACUCUCCGAUAUAUAUCAAUAUUGCUUUAAAUAUAUUUAAGAGUUUUAUGACAGAGAAAAUGAGAGGUAGAGUAAAGGUACAUUUUGGGGGUGUACAAAAAGCUCAAAAUGUGGUAUCCAAGGAUAUAUUACCAGUAGAAUAUGGUGGCAAUGAAGAUAGUCUUGAAACCUUAGGUAAUUAUUGGUUUGAAAAACUACUAGAAUAUAAAGACUGGCUGGCAGAAGAUGAAAAGUAUAAGGCACAAUGAUUUUAAAGCAGUAUUAUUAAUUAGUUUUAAGAUUGGGUUUUAUAAUAUGUUAUUGUUAUUCAAUUGUAUAUAAGAUAUGCGAUCUUAAGUUUUCUAUUUUUAUUAAAAAAAUGGCUUGAAACUUC